UAGACAGGCUUAAGUUUUCAUUUAGGGUUUAGACUUCGCACACACGUUGAAUUUGUCCCUUUUGCAACGUGUAUCAUUAAGGAAAUGUCUAGUUACCUGCGCUCUUGGAAGAACAUCUAAACUUUUAUGGCCAAUGCAAACGAGAAAGCAUGUUGUAAGACGGGAACAGUGGCAACAUUUUAUGAGGGCCUACGCAACUUCCGGUUCCCCUCAUGGAAGAUAUUCUCCUUCUUCUGGAUGUACUUUUCAAAUUUGCUGCGAAAAGCUAAUAAUGCGUGUGGGGUGUGAGACUGCAACGUCGCUUCCGGUAUCCACGACCAUACCGGUAUUUUCACCAUGGACAGUGACUACCAUACAUGCAGAAACAUCUGACUCCACGGUACGACCACACGACGGGAUUGUACCGAAGGUGCGGCGUUUGACGGAGCAGUACCGCGGGAAACUAGUACGUGGACUGCUGGCUACCGUCAGCAAAAAGCACCAACUACGCAGUGAAAAGAGCACAGCGAGCAGUAGCGACGAGAGCACCUGGAAGGUUAACGGAGCGUGUGUGGAAUUCAUUGGUGGGGCACUGUAUGUCGUGUUCUACUUGUUGGCGCCGAUAUGGUUGCUUUCACAAGCCCGGGGGAUCAUCAAUACAACUGGCGAAAUAUGUCAACCCAAACACAACGGACUGAUUUCCUUUGCCGGAGGCACAAUAACCGUUGACUGGAACGGCCGCACCUUCCAGCCAUCGGCGGAGCUGCUGAACGCUACCGACGAACGCCAACUGACCAACCGCAUCGAUCGUAACGAUUCGCUGGCGAUUGUCAUGAGAAAAUGGUGCUUCCAGCUGCAUUGCAGUAACGACAUGUCACAACUGGGCUACUGUCCCCGCAUGAAUGUUACGGACUGGACAGCACCAGCGCUGCGGACGCGUGGUGUUGAGGCACUUAUUGUCGGGGGGUUUGGAGUUUAUCUGGUGUUCAUGGAAAUAAUAAUAGUAUUUAUCACGCUCGCCAGCAGCAAAGGGGAAAUAUACGCGGUGUUUUUCCUAUUCGUUCCCCACACAGCAGCGGCAGUGGCGACGGUAGUGUACCUUAUCGGAUUCUACACAGACUGGCCGCCCAUCUAUUUUGUUCCAGUAGAGGGUGACUCAAUUGCUACGCGACGCUAUUAAAAAGGGAGGAUACUGGCGUUAAGACCAGAAGUAUGUACCAUAAUUCAAUCGAGCAAAAAUUCUAAUUUGCUUAUAUACAGUAUUUUGUCAAAUGGUUUUAUCUUUCGCCAUUUUUCCCGAUAGCAGGACUAUUUGGCUGAAACAUAUUAGGUAUGUACUCUUGAUGCCGAGUAAGCGUUUAUAGGUUUGAAAAUUAACUCUCCUGCUUUCUGCAUACGCACUAGUUUGAGCCUGUACCAUUUUGCAUGCGCCAGCUUGUGUAUUUGGCUUACUUUGGCCG